CUGGAGCAGGGGCGGGCCGGGGCGGGGACUGCUCGCCUAGAGCCCCGGCGCUCUCCGGCCCUCUCCGUACCCUGCGCCGGGGAGCCAGACUGCAGAGUAUGGAGGUGGCUCCCCAGGACGCGCCGGGGCCCUCCGAGCCCCGGGGGCUGCGCUGGCUGCUGACGCUCAACUUCCGAAAGGAGCUGCGGGAGCUGCUGUGCCUGGCCGGCCCGGUGUUUUUGGCUCAGCUGAUGAUGUUUCUAAUCAGUUUCAUAAGUUCCGUUUUCUGUGGCCACCUGGGAAAGCUGGAACUGGAUGCUGUCAUCCUGGCGAUUGCUGUCAUAAACGUCACUGGCAUCUCGGUUGGGUUCGGCCUGGCUUCCGCCUGCGACACGCUCAUCUCCCAGACAUAUGGCAGCCGCAACCUGAAGUACGUGGGGAUCAUUGUACAGCGAGGCAUCCUCAUGCUGCUCUUGUGCUGUUUCCCCUGCUGGGCCGUCUUCAUUAACACCGAGCAGAUCCUGCUCCUCUUCAGGCAGGACCCGGAUGUGUCCAGGCUUACCCAGACCUACGUCAUGAUUUUCAUCCCUGCUCUUCCUGCAGCCUUCCUUUACAUAUUGCAGGUUAAAUAUUUGCAGAACCAGGGAAUAAUACUGCCCCAGAUUAUCACGGGAAUAGUGGCCAACAUCCUCAAUGCCAUCAUUAACUACGUGUUUCUCCAUCGACUGAGCCUGGGUGUGAUGGGAUCUGCACUGGCGAAUACCAUUUCCCAAUUCACCCUGACCCUCUUCCUCUUUCUGUACAUCGUCUGGAAAAAGUUGUACCGUGACACCUGGGAAGGGUGGUCCCUCGAGUGCCUGCAUGACUGGGACUCCUUCCUUCAUCUGGCCAUUCCCAGCAUGCUCAUGCUCUGCAUUGAAUGGUGGGCAUAUGAGAUCGGGAGCUUCCUCAGUGGUACCAUCAGCAUGGUGGAGCUGGGAGCCCAGUCUGUUGUCUAUGAGCUGGCUACAAUAGUGUACAUGAUCCCCACAGGAUUCAGCGUGGCCGCCAGUGUUCAUGUUGGAAACUCCCUGGGGGCUGGGGACAUUGAACAGGCCAAGAUAUCCUCGGCCAUUUCUCUGCUGACCACAGAAAUGUUUGCCAUCACUUUGUGCAUUGUACUUGCAAGCUGCAAAGACGUCGUUGGAUACAUUUUCACCAGUGACAGAGAAAUCAUCACCCUGGUCUCCAAGGUCAUUCCCAUCUAUGCCUCUUCCCACCUCUUUGAUGGCUUUGCUUGUACGUGUGGCGGGAUUCUAAGAGGAUCGGGCAAUCAGAAGGUUGGGGCCAUCUUGAAUGCCAUUGGCUUUUAUGUCAUUGGCCUCCCCAUUGGGAUCUCGCUGAUGUUUGCAGCCAACCUUGGGGUGAUAGGUCUCUGGUCGGGGAUCAUCAUCUGCUGCUUCUUGCAAGCUGUCUGUUUUCUGGGCUUCAUCUUACACCUGAACUGGGCCAAGGCCAGCGAAGAGGCUCGAGUGCGUGCCAAGCUGAAGGGUCAAGUGACCAAGGCCCUGAAGCACCAGGAUCGGGUCAUCUAUCAGGGCCCCGUUCCAUCAGUGGACUUGGAACAUCAGGCUGGUGUUUUACUGGGAGAUGCAGGCGAUGUUGUCAACAAGGAGGAGAGCCAGACAGAAAAGCCAGUGGAGCCGGAGGAGCCCCUUUCUGGUCCCCCACCAAAAAACAAGGACUUAUCUUUGAAAGUCUUGCUCCUCCGAAGGGGGCUGACACUCCUGGCAGCCGUUUUAAUCUUGGUGGCAGGCAUUUUGGUGAGGGUCUAUACAGGAACAUAACCCCAUCUCGAGGGCCUGACGGUACGUGACGCCCGUUUUACAUUUGAGCCAAUGAAGGAAUCCAUACUAAAUCUUCUUCCACCUUCCCCCAAAGGUGGAAGUAAUCAGCCAUCACCUAAAAAGGGCAGACUUCAUGGUCCAGAGAAAGAACAUUGGUCCUGGAGUUAAGGGACAAAUCUCUGGCUUUGCCAUUCACUACUACAACCCAUGGGACACUGAACAAAUUGGGUUACCCUUCUCAGGAGACCUCUCUGGGUCUCAGUUUCCUCAUCUGUAAAAUGAAGACGGUCCCUUCCAGUUCUAAAACCGACGCUGCUAUCCCUCUGGAUGUCCUGAUCGAGAAUCAAAAGGGCAAGUACCUGUUGCCUGACUGAAAAAAAAGGAGCCGAGCUGGAGAGGAUGCCUCGUCCCAUUCCUCACUCUCAAAGGCUCUCCCGUUAACUCAUCCAUCAAUGACUUGGAGAAGAACUUCUGUUACUGUUUAUAUAUUAUACUCUGCAAAUAUAACUCACUGGUUUUGUUUUUUGUUUUUUUUUCCAGAAAGUAUAAACUCAUGCAUUUUGAAGGGCUUGUGGGAAUUUUAAAAAUCAGUUUUCAGAACCCUUCUUUGUCAAUAAAUCUUUCUUCUCCCUUCACAUUA